AUGGCAGGCAAAGCAAAAAAAAGAAAUUGGACUCAUGGAUUGGGUCCUGAAUUUAAAACGAUCAUACUGGGACCACCUCUUUACCCGAGAGAGCCUAUUCAGCAUGCAAGUGAUUCACCUAGAGUUAGACAAAUCUGGCCAAAAAUCAAAGAAGCGUUGAGAGAUUUAAUCGAUGAGUACUGCAUCCGAAGCACAAUUCACGGUAUAAACUACAUAGGAUCAAAACGAUCGAUUUUGGAACGAUUCUGGUGGUUAGUGGUAUUUGUUGGGUCGAUCUACGGUUGUUCGCAGUUGAUCCAGAAUGUCUACAGAAAAUGGCACGAUCAUCCAAUUAUCUUGAGCUACGACGAAACGCCCUUGCCAGUGUGGAAAAUCUCCUUUCCAGCUGUAACAAUUUGUCCGGAAGCGAAGAUGGAAGCUGAGCUAUUCAAUUUUACUGACGCAUUUUAUCGCUACGCACAUGGUAUUCCAAACCAUGAGCUGGAUGCCAACAAGCUUAAUAUGUUGAUGGGAAUUCUGCAAGUGUGUGACAGUUUUUUCCAUUCGCACGAUCUGUUCCAAGGACUCUAUCUUACUUAUAAUUUGAGCGUAGAUGUUCCAUCUGUGUUGAAAAAGUUGAUUCCAGACUGUUUUAACACUGUUUUGUUGUGCAGAUUGCUCCAAUGGGAUUGUAAAAAUAACUUUUCGGAAACUCUCACAGAGGAUGGUAUCUGUUACACUAUAAAUGGGUUUUCUCAAAAUGAUAUGUUUAAACCUGGCGUCCUGCAUAAUGAAUAUGUUUACCUUAAUGAAACGAAAUCAUUAGCUAACUGGAGCUAUAUGUUGGGUUAUUCACUUGGUGCAUCAAUGAACACCUACCCAAUACGAGGUCCAGGAUCCGGUUCUAAAGCUGCUAUGUCGCUAGAUUUGUCAACCUUCUACAAAAACACGGAUAUAUACUGUCGUGCUUCUCAGGGUUUCAAGCUCAGCCUUCAUCCUCCGCAUGUUUACCCCCGAAUGUCUAAAAACUUCAUUUUGUUAACUCCAAAGCGCGACAUGACCAUAUCCAUUCGACCUCGGAUCAUAAUCACUGCUCAGGAGCUUAGAAUCUACACUCCCGAAAAACGUAACUGUUACUUUCCUGAUGAGCGAAGCCUGAUGUUCUUCAGAGAUUACGAAGAGAGUAAUUGUGAGCUCGAAUGCCUUACCAACUAUACACUGAAGCAGUGUGGCUGUGUUAGAUUUUCGAUGCCUCGAACAGCGGCAACCAGAGUUUGUGCGAUGCACGAAAUGCGAUGCCUUGAACGGGCUGAGCAGUCGCAGUUUAAAGGUUCCAAUUCCGGAGAAGAUUUGGCAAACUCCAAAAACUGCAACUGCAUGCCUGCCUGUGACGCUAUACAGUAUGAUGCAGAAAGUACGAUAACUACGAACGAAUUUGGGAAAACUAUUGCUUUGAGGAUGUUGAUCUUUGAUCCAGAGAAGGUGGAUGAAGUAAUCAAAAAACAAAUUUCGAAGGUGGAAAUUUUCUUCACCGAAGCCCAAUACAUAACCUCGGAGCGGAGUGAAAUAUUUGGCAUGACGGAUCUGAUUGCUGGCUGUGGCGGAAUCCUAGGACUCUGCCUUGGGGUCAGUUUUUUCAGCAUCGUGGAGCUGCUCUACUACUGUCUGGCUCGUCCCGUCAUGAUGGUGCACGAUCUGCAGCAACAUGGAGAUCGAUACGUGUCGGGAUCUGGACUUGUGAGGAAAGCGGAAUACUAA